AUGUCCUGCCGCACCACACGAACCAAGUGCAGUACGGAGGUAGCUGGCAAAGCACACCCAGCACGAUAUACCCAACAUACCAACCCGUCGCGUUCCACCACAGCCCUCACAAGCCCACUAUAUGCCGGUAUCCGUCGGGUAUGUCGCAACACGCCAUUCUCAGCGCAUGCCACGAGCGCUGAUGGGACAUUCAUGGCCCUUCUACUCCGGGAGAGGGCGAGUUAUAUCAGCACAUUGUCGUAUAUGGGUUUCAGGGAAGAUAUCAGCUGGUCGAUCCUACGAUAUUGGAUCGCGCUCACCAUCCAUGCCUCAUCAGCAGGUCCCUACGACAUGGUCGGGAUGGCAUUGGCAGCUGUCGCUGAGCUGGGAGAGCCUACUGGACAGGAUCACCUAGACGACCCUUACUUCGGAACGGCAAACAAUAUCCUGAGAUCCGAGUGGCCGUCCAUGCUUGGACACGUCCUGACCGAGGACAUGCUUCGACACAUCGACACGACCGGGAUAUACUUAGCGCCUACUUUCUCGGACGCGAAGUUGUUGGUGUCUCGGAUCAUCGUUGGCCGGAGGAAGAGGCUUGCGGCAUAUAGGAGGCUCCAGGUGGAGGGAGAUCACCUCUAG